CAGCCUGUUUGAUCCAAAAGAGACACAGCAAGCUAGCCUCUUUCCUGCCUAAGGGUGGCGAAGGUGAUCGCCUGUCUUAGGUCGCAAUGGCGUUCGUCGUUCGCUGUGCCUUCUUGGUGGUUGUUUGGCUCAGUGGAAUGGCAUUCAGCUCAACAGCAAGCGACGAAUCCCAGCCGGACAUCUUCAAGUCAUUUCCAACCAUCCGGAUUAAAAACGCAUCGGAAAUAUUUCCACCAGAUUACGAUAAAACUGCAUUUCCAACGCCUUCAGAUGGGAAGCCGAUGGUCAUCUACUUUCGCUUUAGCUUGGCCAACAUCGUCGAGAUUGAUGAAGCUCGCGGCUUCGUGGUGUACCAGGCGUACAUGUCUCUGUACUGGAGGGACGAGCGUCUGGUGAUGCCGCCGCUGCCGCCCGGCUCCAAUGCCUCCAGCGUGCAGCUGGACACGCUGAUCCAGCAGCGGCUCUGGGUGCCGGACGUCAUGGUCUACAACCUCGAGGAGAUGACGCAGUUGGAGAUGCUGGGGAAGCUCGGGAUGCUCCGGCUGCUCACAUCGGGCUAUGUCCAGUACGGCAUCUACGCCCGAUUGUCAGUGGCCUGCCAUAUGGACUUCUCUACCUAUCCGUUCGACACACAACACUGCUCGCUGAAAUUUGGAAGCUACGGUAGUGAACAUGAAUACAUGGAGUACAGGUGGUCUCCCCCGCAUACAAUGCUGUUCUCUAAGGAUACUAUGGAGCUCCAGACGUACUACAUAUCUGUAGCGCGCUCCGGUCCCGAGCUGGGCUGCUCCUCAGCUGGCGGCCAGCAGUUCUGCUACUCGAACGUUGUGGUGAACGUGACGAUGCAGCGCCGCAAGAGCCUGUUCGUGUGGCACAUCUUCGUGCCGUGCAUCCUGCUGGUGGCCACCUCGUGGCUGAGCAUGCUGCUGCCGCCCGACAUCAUCCCGGGGCGGAUGGUGCUCUGCAUCACAUCCAUGCUCGCCAUGCUGACCCUCUUCACGUCCAGUCUGAAGACGAUGGGCGUCUCGUACCUGCGUGCCAGCGACGUGUGGUACGUGGCGUGUCUGCUGUUCGACUUCCUCAUCAUCCUCGAGUACUCUGUGCUGCUGUGGCUGCAGCGCCGCCGCGAGGAGGGCGAGGCCAAGUGGGGCCAGGUGCAGCCCUUCCCGGCCACGGACGGCACAAAGCUGGUGCGACCCAGCCCCGUCAAACCAAAGACGUCGAAGCGGGAGGCGCGCCAGUCGGCUCGGAGUCUGUGGGAGGACCUCCAGGAGCCAUCGUACAUGGACGAGAUCAGUCGCUGGGUGCUGGCCGUCUUCUUCAUCAUAUUUACCAUCAUCUUCUGGAGCUACUACGCCGCCUCGAAAAGGGAACACAGUGAGCAGUGA